AUGCCUCCGAAAGUGAAAGCGGACAGCGCGAAGACACCGUCGCUGAAACGGCUCAAGGCUCAGCUAAAGGACACUCAAUCAACUCUUGGCGACAUUGAGAAGUUCAUCAAGGACUUCAAGGACACCGCUACGGCCAGCGAUGUCAGCGUUCGGUUGGAAAUUAUCAAUGACAUCUAUGAGACUUUUUGCGAAACCCUCAUUGAUAUCACUUCUCACGACGAUUUCUUUGAUGCGGAGGAUUUUUACGAGUCUGACCGAAUGGCUUUCAACUUGAGCUACAUGGAGGCCAAAUCGUUCCUUCUGGAGAGGCUUAGGGAGCGCGAAGACCACACGUCGGAUCAGUCUAACGUUACGCUAGGCUGCGAGAACUUGAACCAUGUGCAGUUACCGCAGAUCCAACUGCGGACAUUCACCGGAGAUGACGACGAUUGGGUUAGCUUCCGAGAUUUGUUUACAUCGCUCAUCCACUGGCGGAACGACCUGUCCGGUGUGGAAAAGCUACAGUACCUGAGGGGUUGUUUGUUUGGCAAACCUGCGACGAUGGUAGACAAGUACAAGAUGAGCAACGCGGACUACCAGUUAGCUUGGGAAGAUUUGCUGAACUAUUAUAACAACAGCAAGCAAAUGAAGAAGCGUCAGAUUCAGCAUCUCUUCGAACUGCCAGCCAUGUCCAAAGAAUCUUCUGAGGAGUUGCGCGAUCUCAUCCAAGGAUUUGAGAAGGUUGUCCAAUCGUUGGACCAGAUUGUACAACCAGGCGACUACAAGGACUUGCUUCUGGUGCACAUGCUGACGGAUCGUCUUGACCCGGUAUCACGGCGAGGCUGGGAGGAGCACUCGUCUACCAAGGAUCAGGACACGGUUAAGGACAUGCUGGAGUUCUUGCAGCGGCGCAGUCGUGUGCUCGAGUCUUUGCCUCCGAAGACGACUAACGCAAAGAGUACAUCACAGCAACCACAACAACAACCGAAGUCGAAACCGUCGGUGGUCAGGACUAACUACAGCACGGCUCAAGCGUCAGGAGAACGCUGCCCAGCGUGCACGGGAACACAUCUUCUUCACAGAUGCUCGGUGUUCCAGAGGAUGACGGUUUCGGAGAGGGAGUCUCUGCUGCGCACGCAUUCGCUGUGUCGCAAUUGUCUCAAACCUGGACAUCUGGCGAGGGGUUGCCAGUCGAAGUACUCUUGCCAGAACUGUAAAGCGCGACACCACACACUUCUCUGUUUCCGCCCUCGGAAGGAUCAGGUGAAGGUCGCAUCAACUACCAGACGGGAGAAUGCUUCCAGGGAAGAACCUCAAGGUACAGCAGGUUCGAACUCAUCUCAGGUCAAGGACGCAUCUGAGACAGUAGUCGCAAGCGCUGCUCAACGUUUCGCAACACAUGUUUUGCUGGCAACAGCUGUCGUCGUUGUUGAGGAUGACAACGGGAAUCGGCUUCCAGCGCGGGCUCUGCUCGACUCGGGUUCGGAGAGCAACUUUAUGUCGGAACGAUUAAGCCAGCGACUACGGGUCAAAAGGAACAAGGUGGACAUCUCAGUGUCCGGGAUUGGACAAGCAGUCUCAAGAGUAAAGCAGCAGAUUCAAGCCACGGUUCGCUCACGGAUCUCAGAUUUCUCUCGAGCAAUGCGAUUUCUAGUUCUCCCAAAGGUUACGGUCAAUUUACCAACGUCGGCCAUAAACACUACUGGUUGGACCAUACCAGAUGGUGUCGUACUGGCAGAUCCGACGUUCUCGAUGUCCAACAGUGUGGACAUGGUACUUGGGAUCGAGCAUUUCUUUGACUUCUUCGCAAGCGGUCAGAAAAUGUCACUGGGAGAACAGCUGCCAGCCCUGAACGAGUCGGUUUUCGGAUGGGUGGUAUGCGGCGGUUGCGCAGACUCACGGGAGUCUCCAAGGAUUAACUGCAACGUGUCGGCAUUGGAAAAGCUGGAUGCUUUGGUGGCCCGAUUUUGGUCCUGCGAGGAGGUCGAGUCAGCAGCCAGUAACUACUCGCCAGAGGAAGCACGCUGCGAAGCUCUGUACGCACAGUCGGUUCAACGUGGUACAGACGGACGGUAUUCGGUUGCUCUACCGAAAGCUGAAGACGCUCUGUCACGGUUAGGCGAGUCCAAGGACAUCGCCGUAAGACGUCUUCACGGCACGGAACGGAGACUGGCCAGGGACGAUCAUCUCCGGGAACAAUACGUCGCUUUUAUGCACGAAUAUGAGCAGUUGGAACACAUGACGAAGGUCACGGACACGGGCUCCGCCAAACGGUGCUACCUGCCCCAUCACCCAGUGGUCAGGGAGGCUAGCACAACCACCAAGGUACGCGUGGUGUUCGACGCGAGCUGUAAGACUUCUUCUGGUGUGUCGCUCAAUGAGGUUCUGCUGUGUGGACCAGUAAUUCAGCAGGACUUGAGGUCGAUAAUCUACCGUUGUCGCGUGAAGCAGAUCAUGUUGGUUGCGGACGUCGAAAAGAUGUUCCGGCAGAUCGGAAUCUGUCCGGAGGACCGUUUGUUGCAAUGCGUUCUAUGGCGUCCAACACCCACCGAGGCGAUCUCCACGUACGAACUCAACACCGUUACGUACGGUACGAAACCAGCUCCGUUUUUGGCAACACGGACGUUGAAACAGCUGGCCAUGGAUGAAAAGGAACGGUUUCCGCUCGCAGCCAAGGUCGCCUGCGAAGAUAUCUACAUGGACGAUGUGAUCACCGGAACCAACGAUUUGGACUCGGCGAUCGACCUGCGAAACCAGCUGGACAAGAUGACGGUCAGUUGUGGUUUUCGUCUACGGAAAUGGGCAUGCAAUCGUGAUGAUGUUCUGUAUGGUGUGGAGGAGGAUAACUUGGCGAUUCCCUGCGCCGGUGGUAUCAACCUGGAUCGAGAUCCCUCGGUGAAGACGCUCGGGUUGACAUGGUUCCCAUCUACGGACGAAUUCAUGCUCAAGUUCACCAUCCCAGAGACGGGCCCUGAUGAACCACUCACCAAGCGGAAUGUUCUUUCCAAAAUUGCGUCGAUUUUCGAUCCCCACGGUUGGUUUGGCGCAACGGUUACAACGGCAAAGGUGUUCAUGCAGCAGUUGUGGACGCCGGGCAUCGAUGGCAAGCGUCUGGAAUGGGAUCAGCCAUUGCCUUCGAUGAUGGGUGAGAACUGGCGGAAAUUCGAGGAGCAAUUACCGGUUCUCAGUUCGGUUCGGUUUGCGAGAUGUGUCGUCAUCCCUAACGCAACGUCGGUUCAGCUGCAUUGCUUCUCAGACGCGUCCACCAAGGCCUACGGUGGUUGUGUUUACGUUCGUAGCGAGAACGCAAAGGGAGAAGUUAUGGUUCGUCUGCUGGCCUCGAAGUCGCGGGUGGCCCCGCUCAAGGUUCAGACGAUUCCGAGACUGGAGCUCUGCGGAGCGGUCUUGGUUGCGCAGCUCUUCAAGGACAUCGUGGACAACGAGUUCUGGUGGUUUGGACCGGAUUGGCUGCGUUUGAGCCCAGAGCACUGGCCGAAUGCAGAAUCUACAUCUGAAGAUGAGAAUGCGGAAACGGAAAGACGUCGAUCGGUGACAGCAAACACUGGGUCGGUGGUACAGGAGUUCAACGAUUUUUAUUUUGCAAAAUUCUCUUCGUACCCGAAGCUGAUCCGUCAAACAGCCGUUUGGUUGCGGCUCAUGAAACUUCUCCGCACUCCCAGCUCGGAUCGUACAUCCGGAUUUCUCACCACGGCGGAACUGAAGGAGGCAGAGAACGUGCUGAUUCGUCGGGUUCAGAUGGAAUCAUUCGCUGAUGAAAUCAAGGCUCUAUCUGCAAGAAAAACGGUUGCUGUUAAAUCACCUCUUCGUUGGUACAACCCUUACCUAGACCAGGACAACAUUAUUCGAGUGGGUGGGCGGUUGAAAAACUCUGACGAGCCCGAGGACGCCAAGCACCCUGCUGUUUUGCCUGCGCGCCAUCACUUUACACGGUUGGUUUUAAAAUACUAUCAUCUCGGGCUGCUGCACGCUGGACCACAGCUGCUGUUGGGAACAGUUCGGCUUCGAUUUUGGCCUUUGGGAGGACGGAGCGUGGCACGCACGAUCGUGCAUCAGUGCAAAACAUGCUUCAAGGCCAAACCCACGCCGGUGCGACAAUUCAUGGGCGAUCUGCCAGCGGUACGCGUCACGGUUGCGCGUCCGUUCUCGAAAACUGGCGUUGAUUACUUUGGCCCAGUGUUCGUUCGCCCCGGACCUCGGCGAACGGCGAUCAAGGCGUACGUGUGUCUGUUCGUGUGUCUGUGCACCAAGGCUGUGCACCUCGAACUCGUGUCGGACCUCUCCACGGAACGCUUUCUGCAGGCAUUGCAUCGGUUCACCUCGCGCAGAGGACCUGUCGCCGAGAUCUGGUCUGACAAUGGGACCAACUUUGUCGGAGCUCGGAACAGGCUGCACGAGUUGUUUACACUGCUGCGCGACAAACAGCACCAGGAGAAGGUCUUCAAGGACUGCGUCAACAACGAGAUUCGCUGGUCGUUUAGCCCACCAAGCGGUCCACAUUUUGGUGGUUUAUGGGAGGCGGCCGUACGCUCAGCCAAGCACCACAUUCUGCGUGUCAUUGGAGACGAACCUAUCUCGAUCGAGGACAUGAACACGCUGCUCAUCCAAGUAGAAGGCUGCUUGAACUCGAGACCCAUCACGCCCAUGUCCGACGACCCCAACGAUCUCGAGCCGCUCACACCUGCCCAUUUUCUCGUUGGAUCAUCGUUGAAGGCGCUACCGGACCGUGAUUUCACCAAUCUACCUGCAAACCGUCUCAAUCAUUACCAACAGAUCCAGCAGAAACAACAACUAUUUUGGAAUCGGUGGAAAAGGGAAUACCUGAGCCAGCUACAAGCUCGUACGAAACGUUGGCGGUCACCUGUGCAGAUAGAAGUCGGCAAGCUGGUCGUAAUCGUCGACGACAAUCUGCCACCCACGCGCUGGAAGCUAGCGAGGAUCAGCGAAGUCCAUCCAGGUGCUGAUGGUGUCGUGCGUGUGGUCACCCUCAAGACUGCGACGAAGCUGAUCAAAAGGCCAGUCGAGAAGAUUUGUUUACUUCCACUGGACGAAGAGGAGCACAAUGCCAACAAAUCGACCAAGCAGCACCUGCAGGAGAUCGAGUGCGCGUCCACCACCGCCCCGCAUCGAGUGUGGGACAAGUGUUCAUCCCGGCGCACGCUACAUUGCCGGAAGGGACGAGCCGUCAACAUCUCGUCCGAAGGAGUGUCUAGGACCUCCUGGCGGUUGAACCGCCCACGUGCUGGCCCGGAUAAUCCAUCUCCGGCUCACGCAUCGCCAUCGAAGUCGACCUCUCAACCGCGAGUCGAACCGGCAGCGUCGUCCGCGCCGUCCGCGAACACGCGGUGA